AUGCGCUCCCAGCUGAAUGAGAUCGGUCUUCAGCUGGGCCAGGAUGGGCGCGGUCGCGCCCUAGAGCAUCUUCGAGACAGCCGGGCCGUCCCUCGCGAGCUGCAGGAGCAGUACAGAGAACAGCAAAAGGUGCUGGUGGAGCAAAAGCGGCUUCUGGAACAACUUAGGCACGAACGCGAGAUUGCUGCUGGCGACCAGUAUUGGCUCCAUCGGCAGAACCGUCUCGAUCACCACGACAACAUCGUUGGAAAGCCAGGAGUGGAUCCAGCGGUGCCACCGGAUGAGCUCUUUGAGGCCCAUCAGAAGAUCCGAAGCGAUCUGGAAGCUGAGCGGAUCUAUCCCUGGAGUGACCCUCAGCCGGCGGCUGCCCCACAAGAUGCUCAUGUCUAUGCAGAGAUUCUCCGCGUGUCUCGCAGACAGCAGCCGGGAACUGUGGCCGAGCUCUGCAUCGUUGACAGGGCCGGUGUGACACUGGCGCGAUGCACGGCAGAUUUCCCGGACCAAGUGGGAGAGCGCUGUUUCAUGGAGGUGUCAAUUCCUGCCCUCUCUGCUGGCAGUGCUGCGGCAUCAGUAUCAUUGCUGGGUGCCAGUUUGCAAAACAGCAUCGAGGUGCCACUCGCAAAGUUAAAGGAGUCUCGGGGGCAACCGCAGGAUUACACAAUGGAGGGUGAGAAGCCACUGAUCGUGAACAUGGAUCUGUGCUGCGUGAAGCCACACGAUUCGCGUGGAAACAGACUGCAAUCUGCACGGGUGGUGGAAAAUGCUGCCGGCAUCUGCCCGGUUUCAGAUUUGCCCGGUGCAUAUCCCGAGCUUGCACCGUCGGAUGCGCACCGACGUGCGCAGAAGGCUGCGUGGGAGCAGCAAGGAUGCCCAGAUUACAUCCACGACGUGGACCUGUCGCACAACUUGGCGCAUGAAAUCGAGCGGCGAGCCAAUGCGGUGGCCAUGCGCAAGAAGGCCCCAGUGUCCGCCAUCGCGGCGGGAAGGGACAACGUUGCCGCAGCUUCGCCGACUUCUGGCCCUCGGCAGCCGCCCACACCGAGGCAAGAGCCGCCGCAAG